AUAGCGUGAAAACUGAAAACUAAACGCACCGCCGUCUUCUUCCCCUUUUCUGCCCCGUCGUCGGCCGUUUCCCGCCCAUACCGCAAUCGCCGCCCAAAUGGCGCCGCCGCAUGACGUGUUCGCCGACGCCGACCCUGACCCCGAGGCUGAAAAGCGUGCGGAAUACGUCGGCAAGCUCGCCAAGUUCCUCCGCAAACUCCACUCCGACGACGUCCGCCGCAUCCUUCUCCACCCGGAGCCGAACCUCCACUUCCCCCUCGUCAUCGACUUCGCGGACUUCUUAGAGUUCGACCCGGGCUUGGCCAAUAUACUCUACACCAACCCCAAGGGCUUUCUCCCCUUAUUCGAAGAAGCCACUCAACUCGCCCAGAAUGUGGAGUUGGGCGUUCUCAAUAAGAUUGAGGCCUUGGGUAACCCGGACGAGUUGAAGCCCGCAGCCGUGCAGAAGGACUUCGUGCACGUGCGCAUCGACAUCACCGGGUCGCCACUUGAAUUCCCUGAAUCGUCGCCCAGCAUUGGAAAGGUGAGGGUGAAGCACAGGGGGACUCUGCUGACUUUGAAGGGUACUGUAAUCAGGUCAGGUGGUGUGAAGAUGAUCGAGGGCGAGAGGAAGUACCAGUGCAGGAAAUGCAACUACAGGUUCACCUGCUAUCCUGAGCUAGAGGCUGGGAAUCGUAUAACUCUUCCUGCAUCUUGCCCAUCCAUGAGUUCACGAGGUUGUCAAAGUGCUUCUUUCCAACUAAUAGAAGAUAGCAUAACCUGUCAUGAUUAUCAAGAAAUAAAAAUCCAAGAAAGUGUACAACUUCUGGAGGUUGGGUCUAUACCUCGUUCAAUGCCUGUGAUUUUGAUGGAUGACCUUGUUGAUAUUGUUAAAGCUGGAGAUGAUGUCAUUCUUACGGGUAUAUUAUCUGCAAAGUGGUCCUCUGAUGUUAAGGAUGUGCGUUGCAACCUUGACCCUAUGUUUAUUGCCAAUUAUGUGAGGAGAACUAAUGAGUUGAAGUCUGGUAUAGACAUCCCUGAGGAAAUUGUCAAGGAGUUCGAUCUUUUCUGGGCAGAAUAUGGGGCUACUCCACUAAAAGGAAGAAAUAAGAUCCUGGAAGGCAUUUGUCCUCAGAUUUAUGGGUUAUUCACGGUAAAGCUUGCAGUUGCUCUUACAUUGAUUGGUGGAGUGCAGCAUGUUGAUGCUUCUGGAACAAAGGUUCGGGGAGAACCACAUAUGCUUCUGGUUGGUGAUCCAGGUACUGGGAAAUCCCAGUUUUUGAAGUUUGCUGCUAAAUUGAGCAACCGUUCUGUGAUUACAACUGGUCUUGGAAGUACCAGUGCCGGUUUGACUGUCACUGCUGUCAAGGAUGGAGGUGAGUGGAUGCUUGAGGCUGGUGCUCUUGUUCUAGCUGAUGGUGGUUUAUGCUGCAUAGAUGAAUUUGAUAGUAUGCGAGAGCAUGACAGGACAACAAUACAUGAAGCCAUGGAACAGCAGACGAUAAGCAUUGCAAAGGCCGGACUGGUGACGACGCUCAGUACGAAGACUACUGUCUUUGGUGCCACUAAUCCAAAAGGACAAUAUGAUCCUAAUGAAUCCUUAUCCGUUAAUACAACACUUUCAGGACCAUUGUUGAGUAGAUUUGAUAUAGUUCUUGUUCUCUUGGAUAAAAAGAACAAGGAUUUAGACGAGAUAAUUUCAUCUCAUAUAUUAGCUCAGAACACUAAACCAGACAAAGAGAACAUCAGUGAUUCUGGCGUAAAGAGCACCCUCCUUCCAGUCAUAAAAAAGUGGACACUCCCCUUGUUAAGAAGGUAUAUACACUAUAUAAAACAGCGGUUUAAACCAGUGCUGACAAAGGAAGCAGAAAGAGCUAUCUCGGGCUAUUAUCAGCUUCAGCGGAGAUCGGGAACACAGAAUGCAGCGAGGACCACUGUACGUAUGCUUGAGAGUUUGAUAAGGCUAGCACAAGCACAUGCAAGACUAAUGUUCAGAAAUGAGGUUACGCAACUUGAUGCUAUUGCUGCCAUAUUAUGCAUAGAGUCCUCUAUGACAACAUCUUCAAUCAUAGACGGUGCUGGAAAUGCCCUGAACUCCAAUUUUUGGGAGAACCCUGAUCAGGAAUAUAUCGAACAGGAGAAGAUAAUACUUGGGAAGCUCUGAGGACUACCCACUAUUCUAGGACAUAUAGACAAUUAAUGAGCAUGGACACAUAUCAUCUGCAGCCCUGGUAACGGCAUGCCAAGGUGAUCUACUGUUACUUGGAAUCAUCGACUUUUAUGUGUCUCCCUGUCUUGGUAGUCAAUCACAAUUGCUAGGUUAGGAAGACUGACUGAUACUCAGCAUGACUCCUAAGUAGACUACUGGCACAAGGAUGACGUCGGUGCUGAAUCUGUGUUAGUGGGUGGUCGAGUGUCUUUAGCUUUACAUAAUUUAGCUGUGUGUUUCAAUAUGCAGUAAGCUAAAAGAGUAAAGUAAGAAAAGCUGUUUCUAGAAGAACAAGAUAACUGGAUAGGUAAGCUAAAGCACGCAGCUCAAGUCUUGCGUUGUUACAUCGCCUAAGUUGAUGCGUAGGUUUUUUGUUGAGGAUGUGAGAUUUGAUGACUUCUUGUAAUAUUGAGUUUGCGUCAAAUUAGCAUUUCUAAUUAUGCAAGAUUUGUGGUGGAACCGGGGAACAAGGUCUAUGGCGCAUGGUGUAUUUUCGUAUGGACACGAGUUUCUGUCGUCUUUCCACAGUUGUAUCAGAUAUGCCAUUUUUUUUA